AUGGGAACCCUACUGCCCGCUUCACUCUCAGGAAAUAAUCGAUUGGUUUUCAAACUCUACCUUCAAAACGCGUGCCUAAAAUAUUUCGAUAUCAUAUUCAAAAUUCUAUGUAUUGUACUUAAACAUAGGGAGAAAUUCGUGAAGAUUCUUGAUAAUCUGCACAAUGCUCUACGAAUAGAUCUUUCAAAAUAUCGGACCGUAUUCCCUGUUUCUCAACCCGAACGACUCACAGAUAUGAAAUCUACUGUCGAUGUUCUUACCAGCAUCACCUUUUUCCGUCUAAAGGUGCAAGAAUUAGCGGCUCCGCCAAGGACGUUACAAGUUCUGCGUGAGUGUAUCCGUGCCUGCAUGAAGGCCACCUACGAAUGUCUUUCCGAUAACGUCCAGACACUCUAUGGUGGAAAUUUCCAGGAUGGCGGCAAUGCUACCGCGACGAGUUUGCCAGGUGAGAAGUCUGGAAGUACCGCAGAUUGUUGUCAAUGUGAUAUCGACCCAGUGUUGGGUGUGCGCUCACUUUCGUAUUGGCACAAACUCAUAUCCCUCAUGGUAUCCGUCAUUGAGGAUGACAAAAAACACUAUGCACCUGUACUUAAUCAAUUUCCACAAGACAUCAAUCUGGGGGAUUUAUCGGCAGAAAUGAUGUGGAACCUUUUAGCUGAGGAUAUCUCAGUGGGUUUAACACAACAUUAUGAAGCAGUUCUUCGGCGUCUGACUUCUAACACUCCAACCAACACAACGGCCAACUCCAUAAAUCACAAGCGCUUUACAGUGACUGCCACACCUGAACAAGCUGGCGAGAAUGAUGAAGUAUCAGAAAACUACCUUCGAAACGCAUAUGAACGAGAUAAACGAGAUGGUUUCCAACGGUCCAGUGAACAUGCGCUCUAUUCAAACUCUGUAGUGGAUGUUUUCACCCAACUAAAUCAGUGCUUUGAUGUUAUUCGGAAACUAGAAUGUCCAGAUCGAAGUGUAGAAGCUAACUUUAUGCACAGAUUUGCUCAGACGGUAGAGAAGGUUCUAUUGGCAUACUCAGAGAGUGUACAGCAAGACUUUGCCCAAUUCAAGAGUGACACUCGAAUCGCCUGUAUAUUGAUCAACAAUACACAACAAUUACGAGUCCAAUUAGAAAAGGUUUAUGAAGCAAUGGAAGGAGCUGACUUCAAUCUUCAUAAAGAAACUCGUGAACAACUAACAGAAUUGCAAGUAUGUUUGAAAAAUGCAGUGGAUCGACUCGUUUCCUCAUUUGCAAUUGAAUUCGAGGAGGAUAUUCGAAGAAAUGUGCUUGAAAUGGGGCGUUUGCUGCAGGGUUGUAAAGAGACUUCUGGAAGUGGAAUUAGUGCUGAGCAUAUGGAAGCUGAUUGCGAGAACUGCUUGCGACCACUUAUGGAUUACUUUGAGCUGGUACUAUCUGCUCAAGCCAAUGCAUGUGAGAAGACUGUACUCAAACGCCUUCUUAAGGAUCUUUGGCGGAUAACUAUGGAAAACACUGAAAAGCUUGUAGUUUUACCCGGCGUUUCUGAUGUUAAUAAGUCUCAGGCGGGAGGGUUAGCUCAUCCAAUGGGUGCGAAAUCUGCCAAAUUGUUUGGUGGAGCGCAGAAAUUCAUUUUUCGCGAAAUACAGGAUAUCGCAGGUGGAGUUUCAGAGGGUGUUGGCGGUGUGGGAAGUAGGGGAUUGACGCCAUAUCAGUGCGAAUUGCUUCAAAGUUGUCUGGAGACUGUUCAAAUUUACUUCCAUGCUGGUGGUCGUGGUCUCAAGCGUUCUUUCCUACAAAAAUCGCCGGAGUUGCACAAUCUUCAACAGGCGCUUGCUCUUUAUUCGCAAACAACCGAUGCCCUACUCAAAGAUUAUGUCACGUCGGAGGUUCAUAUUUUGGACUCAAUCUUGCCGGACGAGUCUUGUGGUUAUCUCAACGUCCAAGUGGAAGUUUUCAAACAUCCAGGCACUGGUGAAUACAAAGUUAUUGUCAAGAGUGAGUCUCGUAGCAUAUCCUAG